GGAAACAGCGGAGAGCCCAAAACCAGCAGCAUCUCAUCCCUGGUUUUCUCCCAACCCCAUCAUUUGGCCUCCCUUUAUACAUCCACGCUCCUUCAAAAGCUCUCACCAAACUCGCCAAAGCAAACUGCUUUCUUCCACUCAUCUACCCAAAGAUCGGAGUACUCGGAAAAAAGAGAGAUAGAGAAAAGAAAUGAGCUCUGCAAGGAAGGCUUCUUUGAUUGUGGCAGCGAGCAUAGGGGCAGUGGAAGCUCUAAAGGACCAAGCGGGGCUGUGCCGGUGGAACCAUGCCAUGGGAUCUCUCAACCGGCAGGCAAAGAACAGCCUGGGUUCCUUCUCUCAGGCCAGGAGAAUCUCUUCUUCUUCUAACAUCGAGACGAGGAAAAGAAGGGAGGGGGCUGAUGAGAAAGCCAAGCGAUCGGAGGAGUCGCUAAGGAAAGUUAUGUACCUGAGCUGCUGGGGUCCUAAUUAGAACUUUAGAAGCAGGGGAGAUCCAGAAGUCUAUGGAGUCUCAGUUCUGGGGUUUCUCUCCGUUUGUAGUUAUUUGAGAACUUUCUAAAUGCAAGUCUCGAGUAUACAAGCAUAUACCAUGAUUUUGGAAGUGACCACUGGAAUUCUUGUCUGAUCUCUAAUUGCACUGUUGAGGUUGUUCUCUCACUCUUGUUGGUUUUGGUUAUGUGAUCCUUGGAUUUAGCUGUGAAAUGGAAAUUUAGGGCCAUUUUGGCGCAUUAAAUGGCUUAGGCA